AACAUGGUUUUCCAUCCAAUUUUAGCCAGCCCUUAAUGACGAUGGCCCUGAAAGGCACACACUCUCCAAACGGACAUACAGACAAUCUCCCGGAAUACGAGAUGCUAGCAAAUGGCAAUCCGGGAAAGAAACCUGAACUUGAUCCAAAGAAAACAGUCGUUAGGAUCCAGGAAAACCCUCUGGCUGAACUGAACACGGAGAAGCCACCUCUACCAAAUGAUAUGGUACAACUACGUAUAGAGAAAGGUGAAUCCAGAUGUGGAUCACGAUUCCGGGCAGGUUACAGAACAACAUUCGAACUUUUCUUGAGUCUGACCAUAGCAGUACUAGGAUUAACUUGCUGCGCUUUGUUCUAUAUGAUUUUCUUGCAAGCAGGCCGACCUAGUCUGAAUAUUUGCCUGACGCAAGAAUGUGUAAAAACAGCGGCUUCGCUUCUAAAUGCAAUGGACCAAAGUUCAGAUCCGUGCGACGACUUUUUCCAAUAUGCCUGUGGGACAUGGAAUAAAUUACACAUGAUUCCCCAAGACAGGAGUAGCAUUAGUACCUUCGAGGUCAUGGCAGAUGACCUCCAAGUUAUAUUGAAAGGUUUACUGGAAGAACCUGCUAACAAUCACGACAACAGUGCCACAAUCAAGGCAAAGACCUUUUACAAAUCCUGCAUAUCAACAGCUCAAAUAGAUGCUAUCGGCGAUAAGCCUCUCCGUGACGUCGUUAAAGAACUUGGAGGAUGGCCGGUGGCAGAAAGAGAUUGGGUUGAACCAGAAUGGCCACUUGAGCAUCUUCUCGGUCAGUUACGAGGCGACUACAAUCAAGGAAUCAUCAUCGAGCAAUGGGUGGGACCUGACGACAAGAACUCUUCUGUCAACGUCAUUCAGUUGGACCAGAUGACGUUCGGUCUCCCAAGUCGAGAAUAUUUUUUAAAGGACAGCAGCGAACGUGAAAGAAAAGCAUACUUGAAACUGAUGGUGGAAAUUGCAACACUCUACGGUGCUGAGAGAGAAACAGCAGAAAUAGACAUGUCAGAUGUCUUAGAUCUUGAAAUACGACUUGCAAACGCUUCAACACCAGAAGCUGACCGGCAUGAUACUGGAGCAAUAUACAACAAAAUGUCUUUACAAGAGCUUUCCGAAAUUGUACCAGAGUUUGACUGGGUUUACUAUCUGAAUACAUUUCUUCCCACAAAAAUUGACGACCAGGAGCCAGUGGUGGUUUAUGCUCUACCAUAUCUGCAGGAGAUGGGGCAGAUUAUCUCUCAAGCUAACCGACGGACAAUCCACAACUAUGCCAUCUGGAGACUCAUUAAGCAUAUGAUUCCGUUUCUGGAUGGUGAAUAUAGUCAAAAACGGACCGAGUUCAAGAAAGUUCUGCUAGGGAUAUCUGCAGAAAGGGAACGUUGGAACCAGUGCGUUGAUCUAGUUAACAAGAAAAUGGGUAUGGCAGUCGGCGCCCUCUUCAUCCGGGACAAUUUUGAUCCUAAAAGUAAAGAAACGGCUCAAGAAAUGAUUCUCAAUAUUCGGGAAGCUUUUAACGAACUUCUAGAAGAAAAUGCUUGGAUGGAUAAAGAGACACGAGAAGUUGCCAGAGACAAGGCAAAUGCCAUGAAUGAAAGAAUAGGUUAUCCAGACUUGUUGACUAAUCCUGUAGAAUUAUCCAAAGAGUAUGAAGGGUUGGUUAUUCAUGACGACUUAUUCCUGGUGAACAUACUUAAUGUUUUUGAGUUCGAAGCAAUCAAGAACCUUAAGAAGCUAAGACAACCAGUCAACAAGGACAGGUGGACUACAGAGCCAGCUGUUGUGAAUGCCUUUUAUAAUCCUAACAAAAAUGACAUAGUCUUCCCGGCCGGUAUAUUGCAACCUUUGUUUUAUAGUCAUUACUUUCCAAAGUCUUUAAACUACGGGGGCAUAGGAGUUGUAAUUGGUCAUGAGAUGACUCAUGGAUUUGAUGACAAAGGACGUCAGUUCGAUAAAGAAGGUAACUUGAAGCAGUGGUGGAACGAAGCUACUGUUCGCCGAUUCCGCGAAAGAGCGCAGUGCAUCAUAGACCAAUACUCCAGUUACGUUCUCGAAGAUAUAGGACUCAACAUCAAUGGGAAAAUGACGCAAGGGGAAAACAUUGCAGACAACGGAGGUCUGAAGCAAGCUUAUCGGGCAUACAAAAAAUGGGUUAAGAGACAUGGAGAGGAACCUUUACUUCCGGGACUGAAUCUAACUCAUGAUCAAUUAUUUUUCCUCAAUUAUGCUCAGAUUUGGUGUGGAUCCAUGAGGCCAGAAGAUGCACUGAGUAAAGUAAGAUCUUCAGUUCACAGUCCAGGCCCCAUCAGAGUUUUAGGACCACUCUCUAACUCCUAUGACUUCGCCCGAACGUACAACUGCCCACCGGGUAGCAGAAUGAAUCCAAGCAAAAAGUGCUCUGUCUGGUGAAUCGUCUACAAAAUCUACAAGCAAUACGAUUGGAGGAAAAUAUGUUCUGCCUUAAAGAACGAAAUAUUCUAAAUAUAAAACCUAUAUCUAUAAAGUUUCCUUUGAACUUUCAAAGAAAAUUUUUGCUUUAACUACACACUAUUACUUGAAAUGUUUGGACCUUUCAUGAUAAUAAUAAUAAUAAUAAUAAUUAAUUAGUAAGUUGUGGAAUUACCGAUUUCGAUAAUCAGACAUGUUGAGACUUGCUUAUUACCAAAGCGUAAAAAUUUCUAGAUAAAUUUAACGAGAAUUUCCGCCCUGUUAAGAUGUAAUAACCAGUCUUCGAAUAGAAAUAAUAUUUAGAUGUACAGAAAACUUUAUGACAUAUAUAUCUACAUAUAUUCAAAUUCAAAUACCCACUAUAAUUGUAAAUAUGGCUGAAAGAAAUUAAAGACAGCAAAAUGAGGCAGAAUUAAUUACCAACACAUGUACAUAAAAUAUGUUGUAAAUAUGUAAAUUUCUGUCACAUAUUAUGAUAUCCUAACUUUUGUGAAAUAUGUAUUUAUGUAUAUGUGUGUAUAUCGGAAUUUCGAAAAUGGUGUGCUAUUUUUUAAAAUUCAAAUAAUGCAAUACAUAUCUUAAUAACUGGUUUUUAAUUUAAAAUACAUUUUAAUUGUUAUAUAGAAUUAUACACAUAAACUGUAGUAUGUUAUGAAUUUAUAAUUUGAACAGAGUAAAUGUUGUUUCUGUUCGUUAGACUCGAAGCGAUUUGAACUUUAAAAAAAUGGCAAAAUUCAGGCCUUUUUAUUAUUUUAUUUUUAUCAAAAUUUUAUCAUUUAAAUAAUUUUGAAUAAUAAGGAAAAUUACAAGGAAAUGGAUGAAUAAAUAACUUUAUAAAGAAAUCCUUCAUUUUCUUUUCAAAAUUAAAUUGAAAAAAAGUAUUCUGCAUAUAGAAUGGCGAUGCUGCUAUACUUUUUCUUAAAAAUUGAAGGAUAUCAAAAAGAAAUUCAUUGUAAUUUUCAGCACACACUAUUAAGAAGCGAUCGAUAACGCUUUUUAUUCUAAUCAUCAUUAAAUUUUAUUUUCUCAUUCUAGAUUGUUAGUUUCUUAAUUUUAUAUUACAGUUUCAGUAUCACAUAAUAGUUAAAAGUUUAAUUUAUGGAAAUUUUUAAAUUCACCUUUUUCUUUUAAUCGACAACCGUUACACGAGUCAGAAUUUUUGAUACCAUAAUUUCAAUAAUCUAACAAAGAAUUAUAAAGAACAGAUGAAGAUGGAAAUCUUAUUUAUUAGUGUAAAUAAAAUUAUUGUUUAUUAUUACUUGAUUUUGUUAAUUUUCUUCGAUUUUCUAUUACACAAAAUUCCCAUAAACUUUACCUGAAUCAUUUACUUCAAAAUAGUAUUCUCAAUUAUCAUUAUGCAAACAAAUCAAAAUUAAUUGUAUCGUUAUUUUUUGUACUUAAAUACAAAAUUUAUCAUAAUAAAUUAUUUAUAUAAUAAUGUUAUUUGGCUAGAAUAAAUUUUGCUCUUCAACUCCUUUAAAUAUUUAGCUGAAAAUUUCAAUUACCAAAAUUAUUUCAUGUUUAUAAAAUUUCAAAAAAAUUACGUUCGACAGCUAGUUUGUUUGCUUUCUAAUUUUUCGCGAAUUUAUUCGUUAAGGAUCUCUCCCCCACCCCCGCAAGAUUUUAUUUUGUUCGUUAGCUUUUUGAUCCAUUUGUUUCUCGGUUUGGCUUGAUUUCACCUCCUUUGGUUUGUUUGUACAUUUGUUCGUAAUUUUUUAGUCUCUCUGACAUAACAGUUUAAAUGAUAUCUAUAUUCUAUAUCUUAUCACCUAUGUUUUAUCCCUACUUAUUUAUUCAUUAUUAAGCGAAUAAACAACAAGAUAUUCUUUCGGUUUUAAAAACUUUAAUUUAUGCUUUGCAUUUUUAUAACUUGUAAUCGCUUAAUUUCAUGACUUCAAAAAACAUCUAUUAUAACAACAAAUUCGCGUUACAGUACUUUAAAUCGUUCUGUUCAAAGAAUUAUGCAUAAUAUAAUUAGUAUGUACUUUUUUUACAUGCAUAUGCAAGAUUUUACAUUCUCUACCCAUAAGAAAAAACUAUAAGUUAAUUUUACUUAGGAAAGUUUUGUAUCAACACUUUUAACUGUCCAUUGCGUAAGGUAUUAGUAUUUUCUUCAAUAUCUUCUUACUUUUAUUGUAUUAGUACUUAUAUAGAUAUAUAUAAUAAAUUAAAUGCUCAAAAGUCGAAACGAAAAAGAAAAUGCCGUAUUAAAUAUUUGAAGGUUAAUCCUCAAGUUCUCUUUAAAGAGCUAAACUAAGGAGAUUUUUUUAAAAAAUAUUUUUUAUUGUUUUCGUUUUGAUAUGUACAUAUUUAUAAUUUUUUUAUAUUUUUCCUUUUUGAAGUGAAGAUUUUUUAUUACUAUUUUUUAAUUUUCUUUAAUUUUCGUUUACCAGUUUAUCUUGUAACGCGGAGAAAAUGGGAUUAACCUUUAAACAUUUAAUACGGCACUCUCUUUUCCGUUCCUAUUUUUGAGUAUUUAAUUUAUUAUUUUCAAAUCUUGCAGCACAUUGUACAAAUCUGUGUCUCUUUUAUUUUCUUUUUAAACUCUUUAAAAAGUAUAUACAUUUCUGAAAUAAUUAGUUUUACUGCAAGGUUAUUUAUAUCGAAAUCGGUAUAACAACAACUUUGCUAAAUUCACUGUACCACGCUGUUGGAAAAUUUCACUGAGCUUCAUGUCUAUAUUAUUUUCACUUAAGUCAUAAGCUAUAGUUACAUUUCGAUCGUAACCAAUGUACAAAUAUGAAUACAUUUCGUGAAGUUAUGAAUUUAAAUCAAUGCCAGAACUGAUCUUCUCUUUGUAUACUUAUAUGCAUUAUUGGAACGUCUAUGUUGUAGCGGCCACUGUGAAAGAAAAUCGCCAAGCACAAACUGUGUGGCAUGAAAAAAAAUCGCCAACAUAGAAAGCACAAAAAUAACAAAAACUGUAAACUAAUUUCAAUAAAUUAGUUUUGAAAAGUAUUUAAUUUCAGAUUUUUAAAAAAGUAAUUUAUAAGAAAGUACUGAAAAAGAGUAAUAUGUAAUAAAACCACGCUUAUAUUUAUUUCUAGCAUAAAAUUUAGCGCAUGUAAUUUCUGCAGUUGUUGUUAAUGCGACUUAGAAAGCUUUUUAUAUCCUAUGCACUGGCGGCACAUAAAUUCUGUUAAAUACGGCUCAAGCUGAACUCUUCUUUCAACUAGUAACCUUUCAAGUAAAAGGCAUUACAUCAUGUAGUUAGGCUAACCACACGUACUGUUUUUUCCGGCAUUUCAUAAGCUUCACCCACAUUUUUAUUAAAAUGACAGCUUUGUCCCGUUUGCAGUAAAAAUUAUAAAUAUGCGCUAACGAAUCAACUGUGUUUCAUGACACUUGAGCUAGUGUGUAGAUAGUUUGUUCUGACGUCCACAGUAUUCAGAGAAUUAUUAAAAAAUGAGAGGUAAUUGAUUCUAUGGAAUAAAAAUACCAUUCGUAACAUUCUUGUAUUUGAGAUGAGUACAGAAUGUUUUUGAACUAAGCGACAGUUGCCAGUGUUUUCAAAAUUUUUCGCAAUGCUAUGGAAUUCAUUCUUUCCGGAAUGAAACUGGGAGAAGUUCAUGUCAACCAUUAGGGUAUGAAAGUUAUGUGAAAUUUUUAUAUAAAAAUUUAUCAUGGAGUAUGAAAAGUAUAUAACAAAGUGUAGAAAGGCAUACGCAAAGUAAGCAUACGAGAAUAUUUGUAAUCAGUCGUGGCAAGAUAUAAUCCAUCUAUCUCUAAACGUAUCUAAAUUUUUAUUAUUAAAAAGUUUUCUUAGUGAAAAAAAUAAUAGUAAAUUUGACAUCUUUAUAUCAUAAAAGUUUGUGAUCUUUCUUUGUCAUGAUUAAUCUUCGCCCUGUUUAUGUUUCCCAUUAUCCCGUUUUGCCUUAUGGAAAUAUUGUGAGCCUACCCUUAGCAGAACAGGAGAAAAUGUUCAUAAAAUGCACAUAGAUAUCAGUGGUGAAAGCAUUUGGAGGUGCAUUGUUAAAAGUUGGAGAGAGAAGAAAAGCUUUCUUAUUAUAAAUUGACCCGGUUAUCAUUUCUAAAAACAUUGUGGUGUACAUAUUUUUGCGAAGAACUCCCGUCCUUUAAAUGGUGUAAGAAACAGUUAAAAAUCGGUGAAAUAACUGUUAAGUAGUAUAAUAUUGUCUGCACGAUGGGCUUAAUACGGUGUAUUGUCAGUCAGCAAUUAAUCGCGGAUGGGGGGGGGGAUUUUCUUUCAGUGUCUGUCGCUAUAACACACGGUUAUCCUAUUUAUUAUUCAUCUAACUGAAAUAAUUUCUAUGCAGCUUCUUUUUAUUUUCAGUGAUGAUAUUUAUAUGUUGUGCAAUAUAUGUAUGUGUAAAAUAGCUGGAUUGUAUAAAAUUUUUCUUAAAAGGAAUUCUCCUAGUGCUGCCAUCUAGUGUGAAUCUUGGGAAAUUCCUUUUCUCUUGUAUGAAAAGUCAUUUAUCUGCAAUUUACCUUUCUUUGUAAAAUAAAAAUACUUUUCUUAGUUCUUGUAA